AGCGCCGCGGCUCCUCCCGCGCCCCUCCGUGGGGGCGUUGGCGGCGACGGCGGCGGCCUGGCGCCCCACCAGCCUGGGAUGCGGCUGACGCGGAAGCGCCUCUGCGCGUUUCUCAUCGCCCUCUACUGCCUCUUCUCCUUCUACGCCGCCUACCAAGUCUUCUUCGGGAGCCGCCGCCGGCCGCCGGCCGCCGCCUCGCGGGGGCUCCGGAAAGGGGCGGCCCUGGCGCCGGGGAGGCGCGGCCGAGCAGGACAGUCUACCUUGGGAAGUGAAGAAUGGAAUCCUUGGGAAAUAGAUGAAAGGAAUGAGCAGCGACUCAGAGUUAAAGCUAGACUCCAAAUACUAAAUAAAUCCACGAGGACAAAACCGGACCUCCAUAUACAAAUCUGGGGGAAAGCCGCCAUUGGUUUCUAUCUCUGGGAGCAUAUUUUUGAAGGCUUUCUUCAGCCCACUGAAGUGACCUCUCAGUGGAGAGAAGGAAAGUCGACUUUUGGAAGAACACAUUUCAGCUUCAUCACUGGGCCAGCAGUAGCCCCAGGGUACUUCUCCAUUGAUGUGAAUAAUGUGGUACUUGUUUUAAAUGGAAGAGAAAAAACAAAGGUCUUUUAUGCCACCCAGUGGUUACUUUAUGCACAAAAUUUAGUGCAAACUCAAAAACUCCAGCAUCUUGCAGUUGUUUUGCUUGGCAAUGAAUAUUGUGAAAAUGACUGGAUAACCCAGUUCCUCAAGAGAAAUGGAGGUCCUGUGGAACUACUUUUCCUGACCUAUGACAGCCCCUGGAUUAAUAACGUGGAUGUUUUCCAGUGGCCUUUAGGAGUAGCAACAUACCGGAAUUUUCCUUUGGUGGAGACAAGUUGGUCAAUCGUGUAUGAAGAGAGGCGUUACAUAUGUAAUUUCUUAGGAACAAUUUAUGAAAAUUCAUCUCGACAGGCACUAAUGGACAUUUUGAAACAAGAUGAGUACAGUAAACGUUGCUGGGUUUCAACAAGAGAACAGUGGCCAUCUCAAGAAACAUUUGAAAGUCUUAAGAAGUACCAAGACGCCUUGCUUCAUAGUGACCUCACAUUGUGCCCAGUAGGUGUAAACACAGAAUGUUACAGAAUAUACGAGGCUUGCUCUUAUGGCUCCAUCCCUGUGGUGGAAGACGUGAUGACAGCUGGCAGCUGUGGGAAUACGUCUGUUCACGCCAGUGCUCCUCUGCAGCUACUCAAGUCCAUGGGUGCUCCCUUUAUCUUUAUUAAGGACUGGAAGGAACUUCCUGCUAUUUUAGAAAAAGAGAAAAAUCUAAUUUUAUAUGAAAAGAUUCAAAGAAGAAAAAUGUUACUACACUGGUAUCGGAACUUCAAAACACAGCUGAGAAUGAAAUUUACUAGUAUUUUAGAAAGUUCAUUUUUAAGGAAAAAUAAAGGUUAACUGUUAAUUAUCCUUUUGAACUAAGAUGUGAUGUUUUUUUAAGUACCAGGGAUAUGUAUGUCUCUUUAUAAAUGUUCUUUAAGGUGCCCUUGUAAGCUCCAGAUUAUGUAUAUAAUCUUGACCAAGUACUCCCUUGUAUGUGCUAGCUAAAAAUGAAGGUAAAAUGUUACUCAGAUUCAUUUCUACAAAGUUGCAUGAUUCAACACAAAUCAAAUUUUGUCACCCAUGUAAACCCACCCUGUAGAAUUGUAGUCACCAAUGGCUGGGGUAGGUGGGCAGUGGGAAUUCAUGAGAUGUUGGUCAGAGGGAGGAAGAAUGAGCCCAAGAGCUGUGUUGUACAGUCUUAUGGCUAUAGUUGAAAACGGUGUAUUAUAUUCUUGCAAAAGGCUAGGAGAGUGGAUGUCAAGUGUUCUUAUUCACAAAAGUGAUAACCGUAUGAGGUAAUAGAUGUGUUAAUAGCUAGACGUAGUUAAUCCACAAUGUAUAAGUGUAUUUCAAAAAAGUUCAUGGAAAAUGGCAUUAAAAG